AUGGCAAAGACACGCACGCAGCAAAAGGCCGCCCAGGACAAGGCUACGGCGGCAGCCAAACGAGGGAGCGACAUGGGAGCCAUUCGCCGGUCCUCUGUCUCGAAGGUCCCAAACAAGAAGGCAGUACAAUGGACUCCGAGGGUUUCUGUCAAAGGCAGCGUAUCGCGCGACCUGAAUGACUACACGAAGCCCAAGCGAACGCCAGGACGCCCACCAAAUGUCAAAGUAGGACUGCGGAAGAACUUUCACACUUUCGCAGACCUGCCUCAGUCCCCAACAUCGCCUAACUCGACAUCGCCUACGUCGCCAGAGCCUGUCGUGACCAAAGCCAGCACAGCGGUCCGGCAAGUACAUACUCUGAAGGACUUCAAACCAACCAAGGCCCGACGCGGAACUACUGGCUCCUACCGUACAAUACGAGUCAUCGGUGACUCCGAAACAGAAGUCCCUACAAAGCCGCAAGUGGUGAACAUCCCUCAACCCACCAGGUAUGCUGGUCAAACCCCACGAAGUUCACUUACCGAAGCUGUCGACUCACCCAAAUGGGCCAAAGCCACAAACAAACGUCGCAGAGCCUCUUCACCAGGAAGCGAUCAACCCCGAAAGCGCACGCAUGUCACCUACGACGCUGUAGAGCAAUUGAACAUAGGUCUUGUCAAGGAGCCACAGCCAAUACAUGCAGCAGCCGAGGUUGGCGCACUGUUCGCCGAGUUGAAGGCGCAACUUCACGAGUUCGCCCUGAAGAACUUCAGCUUUGAGCUGGAAGCACCAGAGGACUGGCCACUGCAUGAACUCGCUGAGCGCUAUCGACCCCUCAUGAUGACUGCGCAGUUCAUUGCUGAUGGUAGCCAGUACGGGUGGCAGCACUUCUUCGCCACGCCGCACUCUCGAUCUGCGCUGGUCUAUGGUGUGAUCGGCGAAUACAUUCGCCAGCAUAUCUUCUCGGUCCCGUCCUUUGGUCUGUCCGAAGACGAUGCCAAGUCCAUGGACGACAUCGAUUUCGAGUAUCUAAGGUACGAUUCUUUCGUUCGCGUCAAACACCGCGCCUCAUUACUUCGCGACAUUCUCGACCAUCAUGACUGGAAGACUGCCAGUGCCAGCGCUGUGGAAGGUCUGGCUUCUCAACUUCUCGAUGUCUUGACGCCUUUACUCCCCAACGAAGUCUUCUCAUACGACCCCACGACCCGUCAAUUCCAGUUAUCGAAGAGCAUGGAAGCGAACGACGCCCGUCAACAUCUGCAAAACGCACUUGAGGCGCUCCUUACCAAAGCCAGUGCUCUCAGCUGGUCCUUGAUCCUGACCGGCCGCAACGGCACAGUCUUCAACCUUGCUCAACAUAUCCAGAAGGGCGAGAAGUGGUACGGCGAUCAGCAAGCCCCACAGAACUGCAUCAACAAGGACAUGGUCUACCGCACACAAGCCCACGGGUUUUCCGCCAGCAAGGAAAUUCGUGAUGAUGCUCUCAGCUUCCCGAAUGGCGUCGCUGACACAGACGGCGACAACGACACCAAGCCUUACCGGCCUCGCAUCAGGAUGACUUGCUUCCCUCGUGUGGAGAUGUACGUUCCGCACGGUCCCGAUAUGGAAGAGUUGGGCAAGCUGCAGGAGGAACUGACGAAGAAUGGCGUCUCUGCUGAUGAGCUGCCUGGUGUACUGCCCGAUGGCACAGAGAUCUAUCCUCUGGUCCCAGAUGAAGUGAGGUACACGUACGACCACAGCAAACACGGGCCCUGGAACGAAGAAGAGAAUGGACCCAUGCGCAUGAGCUACGUCAGUAUGUGCCAACACAUCUCCACGCACGACGUAUACCUGGAGAAUAACUACGUCGAGGAAAGCGAGAAGGACUUCAUCGCAAAAUACCGCUUGAAGCACACCGAACCUGCGAAGCCGACUAAGCAGCAAGGCAAGCGAGGCGCCAGUGGCUCGCCUCCACCAAGUCCUCCAGGCGACGACAGCGAUAACGGAGAAGACGAGCUUAUGGACGACUCCAGCUCUAGCUCCGAGUCGGACUCAGAGCUGACUUCAACAACUUCCUCAAAGUCUUCCAACCACAAGCGUCGUUUCGUCUACACCCCAGGCCACUCCGACGAUAACGCCCGUGCCUUGUACGACUACACCCGCCGCCAACGCCAGCGCAAUAUCCUCGACGUGGACGCUCGCCUGGGCUGGCGCUACGGCAAACCCUUGCCUGAGUCCGAACGCGUCUCCCUAGCCCUCGCCGUCUCCCAAGCACGCAUCCAUCGGGCCACACAAUCACCCUUCGGCAGCGUCGGCCGCCUUGGCCUCGCAGCACACGACAAGUUCCUCAAGACAUGGAAUCGCUUGAUCGCUCCCCACGGCACAAGUCUGGAGAACUACACCCUCCUCCUCGCCAUCGUCAUCUGCAUCUGCUGGCACAAAGGCUGGGACGUCCCCCACUGGACGAUCGAGAAACUCUCCCAGCUCCGUGGCAUUAGCGUAUCCGAUAUCCGACAACAGCUCGCGACAGCCAAAGACAUCAUCGCGAGCAUGCCGGGCGACGUAUCCGCCAGGUUCUUUCACAGCGUCGAGUUGAUCAAAUCCCUCGAAUGGACCGACUCCCUCCCACUCAGCCUCCAACGCGGCGCCAGGAAGGUGGUCAAAACGUUUCCGAAGGUCGAUCGUGAGGGCAUGGCCAACCUUCCAAAGGCAACACGCAUCAGCGAACCCUUCAAGAGUGCGGUCACAGGGCCAGUCGCAUCUGCCACGGACUACAUGAAAACUGUGUGGGGGACCGCCGUGAAGAAGCCACGGGAAAUGCUAUCGGAGCUGAGCAGGGGCAUGAACCUGAAUAGCGCGGAAGAGGCAGCGCAAACUACCGCAACGGUAGUGAGCACGAGCGUGGUGACGAGCACGAGUGUUGCCACGAAGACGACGAGCACGACACCGUUGGGUGGGGUUGUGCCGCAUGCGACACGGGCUAGCACGAGCGGUGCGGCUGCUGGGAGUGUUGCAUCCGCAGCUGCGUCGGCAGCAGCGGAGAAGGUGGUGAAGAAGGCGGCGGGCAUGUUCGCGGACUGGAAUUGGUUGGGGGUUCAUUAUUAG